AUGUCGCUGACUGAGUCGGCUGCAGUGGAUGUGGCUCGCAGCGCAUCGCUCGCCUCUCGUCGCCUUGCAACCCUCUCCAAUACGGCCCGGAAUGAGGCUUUGACGGCUCUCCACUGUGCAUUGGACAAGAAUCGCACCGCUAUCUUGGCGGCGAAUGCCAAAGAUGUCGAGAUCGCAACCCAAGCCGCUGAUAGGGGGAACCUGAGUCACAGUGUGCUCAAACGCCUUGAUCUUUCACGACCGGGCAAAUAUGAUGACAUGCUGGAAGGAAUCUUGAGUGUUAGGGAUUUGGAGGACCCUGUGGGCAAAGUGACUUUACGAACCCUUUUGGACGAAGGGCUGAGCAUGGAGCGCGUCAGUUGCCCGAUAGGAGUUUUGUUAAUUAUCUUUGAGGCUCGACCGGAGGUGAUUGCCAACAUUGCUGCUCUCGCUAUCAAGUCAGGCAAUGCUGCCAUUCUUAAAGGCGGAAAGGAAUCUAUGGAAUCGUUUGUGGCGAUUGCGAAUGUCGUUUCCGAGGCCAUCGCUGGCUCUCAAGUGCCAGUGUCGUCGAUUCAACUCGUCCAGACCCGCGACGCCGUCUCCUCUCUCCUGGCUCAAGACUCCUUUAUCGACCUCGUAAUUCCCCGAGGGUCGAACGAACUUGUUCGAUUUGUGAAAGAAAACACCAAGAUUCCCGUGCUCGGGCAUGCCGAUGGACUAUGCUCUGCUUACAUCCAUUCGGAUGCGAAGGCUGAGACGGCGGUAAAAGUCAUUGUGGAUUCAAAAACAAACUAUCCGGCGGCCUGUAAUUCACUCGAGACCUUGCUUGUCCAUGAGCAUCUUCUGGAAUCAAUUUUUCCAAUUGUCGUUGAAGCUCUGCUAGACAAAGGCGUGACUCUUCGCUGCGAUGCAGUGUCAAAAGCCGCCUUGACGAAGACACUUCCAUUCUCCAAAGCCACGCAAGUUCUACCCGCUACCGAGACCGAUUUCCAUACCGAAUUUUUGGACUUGGUGUUGGCUGUUAAGACGAUACCCGCCGAGGAUGCGAUCGAGACCGCGAUUGCUCACAUCAAUGCACACUCGUCCAAACACACCGAUAUCAUUUUGACCGAAUCCCGUGAGAUGGCGAAUUUAUUUAUGAGUAGCAUUGACAGCGCAGGUGUCUACUGGAACGCCUCAAGCAGAUUCGCGGACGGCAUGAGGUAUGGGUUUGGCACGGAGGUUGGCAUUAGUACCAACAAGAUUCAUUCGCGAGGUCCUGUCGGGCUGGAGGGGUUAACAAUUUACAAAUAUCUGAUCCGAGGAAAUGGGCAUGCAGCAGGAGAUUACCAUGACGGCGAAGGAGGACGACAAUUCAUCCAUAAAAACCUGCUCAUUACCGAGUAA